UCACACAGGCAUUAACCAGGUACUUACCUGGAGUUAAAAAGAAGAAAUGCACCAACCUGCUGUCCUGACGCCCACUCAAGCUGUUAGCAGGUGCUGUAAACGCACAGUUGUUAAUUUGGAAGUUAUGCAGCUAUUUACAUUAUUUACGAUACCUUGAUCAGCCAUCUGUAAAUGAUAAUUCUUGUCUUUUUAAUAUGUGUCCACAAAAAAAAAUUCAUUUCUCUUUUUUAAAAAUGACUGUUCGAAUCCAGGACUUUUUACCAUAUUUUCACGUUUUCUUGACCAGAGUCAAACUCCGCUGGUGCCCUCAAUAAUGAUGGCCGCCAAAGACCCAUUCUUCUGUACUUACGUACCCUUGACUGAAGCCGAUGUAAGCCAUUAAUAGAUAUGGCGGCGAGGGGGGUCCGACAGCGGCUAAGAAGAGGGAGCAAACAGGAUGCUACCAGCGUGAAUCCCACCAUUAAUAAAGAUGAGAACAAAGGUGGUGAAGAAAUUAAAGCCGCAGAGACAAAGAGCGAGUCCUCUUCCAGUAAAGCUGGACAGGUCUGGGCACCAGAAGGAUCCACUGCCUUCAAAUGUCUCGUGUCGGCUCGCUUUUGUGCAGCGCUGCUCAGCAAUAUUUCUGACUGUGAUGAAACUUUCAAUUACUGGGAACCAACCCAUUAUUUGCUGUACGGAAAAGGGUUUCAGACAUGGGAGUACUCGCCAGCAUAUGCUAUCCGUUCAUAUGCUUACCUGUGGCUUCAUGCACUUCCUGCCUGGUUUCAUGCAAAGGUUUUGCAGACCAACAAGGUCCUGGUGUUUUACUUUUUACGAUGCCUUUUAGCUUUUGUUUGCUGCAUCUGUGAGCUCUACUUUUAUAAAGCUGUAUGUAAAAAAUUUGGGUUGCAUGUGGGCCGUCUCAUGCUGGCCUUUUUGGUCUUGAGCACUGGCAUGUUCUGCUCUGUUUCUGCCUACUUACCCAGCAGUUUCUGUAUGUAUACUACUGUUGUUGCCAUGACUGGCUGGUUUACAGAGAAGAAUUCUAUAGCGGUGUUGGGUGUGGCAGCAGGAGCCAUUAUUGGAUGGCCAUUCAGUGCCGUCUUGGGGUUGCCAAUUGCUUUAGAUUUGUUGUUAAUGAAAAAACAGUGGAAGACUUUUAUUUGCUGGACCCUUGUUGCACUUGUCCUUUUUUUGGGUCCUGUUGUUGCAAUUGAUAGUUAUUACUAUGGAAAACUAGUGAAUGCACCAGUCAACAUUUUGUUGUACAAUGUCUUCACAGCUCAUGGACCUGAUCUGUACGGUUGAUAUCAAACAGUGUCAUUAUCUUGUAGAUCUUGAUAUUGAAACUGAGACACCACGAGAGCCACGUUAUGCUGCCAUUAAGGAUGAAUGGACUGUCGUAGCAUACAAGCUCUUCCUUGAUUCAUCAAGAUCUUCAAAGCUCUUCCGGGCCUUCUUUGUUCCUUUUCUAUCAGAGCAGCACACCAAAUAUGUGAAGUAUGUCAUUCUGAAGUCCAAGAGAACAAAACAGAGCCGAAAGAAGCCCUAAAGCCAUCAUGUAUGUGAUCUCCUGCACCUGGUUACCUCUCUUCACCCUAAAACAAGGAAAUGUGGUUGCAUCCACAACAAUCACCUUGAGAGUACCAUGGAAUCAGUGCUAUUAGGAGAGGUACUUAAAAAAAGAGAGGAAUCAAGAAAUGAGACUUUUUUCCCCCUGUGUAGUCUUAACUAUGGUUUGAAAAUGAAUAAAAAAAAUCUUCCACAAAAUCCUCCUCAUUGCCACACUAUGGCUCAUGGAUCAUGUACUGGUAGCAGCCUGGGCAUCUGCUUCUUUCUCCAAUAUCGGUGUUCCUUAGUCUGAGAGUAGUGGACCUUAUGAUGAUUUGGAAAUGUUGCACAAUAGAGGACAUAAGAUUUGAGCUCUUUUGCACUUUUCUCUACUUCAUUCUGUCAUUUCUCUCCUCAGCACCUUUCCAAUAUGUCACUGUAUAGCCCUCUAACUAGUGUUGUCUGGAUAAUUUUGUCUAUCUGGUCUUGAGUAACUUUUCUUCUUAUUUACAAAACUAAUGUGAAAUUGUUGAUGCUAAUUUUAACAUCUGAUUUUCACACAGUGUGUUUUUCAGCAAACUGCUUUUCAGAGAUGAAGAUGUCUACCGUGUAAGUCCUUGAUUCUUGAUGUGAGACAGAUGCUUCCAUACGCUCUUGGUCUCAGCAGUAUUAUAGUGGAAUAAGGCGCUUUCAGACAAUGAAGGGACUGAUGAAUGGAGAGGAGAGGAGGAUGUGAUUAGCAUGGCAAUGCAGUGAUUGCAGCUGUAGGGCCCCUUUGUUCAGUUAUGCCACUUCCUGGAUGGCAUUUGCAGGCUGUCCUUUUUCCUGGGGUUUUCCUUUAAUUUCCCUCAUAAAUGUCAAAGAAAUUGUGGUCAAUUGUGUCUCUAAGGCAGUGUCCACAGUACUGCAUUUUCACGCUGUGUAAAAAGGUUUUAAAUGCAAAUGAUUUUCAUCCGCACCAGGGUUUUCAUAUCAUUUGCAAAAGUAUCUCUGCUCACACUAAAACAACCAAAAAUACAUAUAACAAGGCCAUUUCCCUACACUGGACAUGUGCACAUCACCGGAAAAAAGAACAGGAAUGGUCCUCCGUGCUACACAUUCACUUGCAGCUUGUGUUUUCACAUGGAGAGCAACAAUGGCCAAUGCAAGAAACCAAGAAACAACACAUUGUUUUAUUUAAACUGAGGUAGAAUUGUUAUUGAGAGAUAUUCAUAAGUAUAAGACAAGCAAAGUGGCUCAGAAAAUGUAAUGAGCAUAAACCAAUCAGAAUAUGAUUAGUCUCUGAAUUUUCAAAACUCUUUGUUUUCACCUAUCCACGCCACAGUGCUGUUUCUGUGUUUUCCGAAAUACACAGCACGGGAGAGCAUUUUCAAAAGUCUCCAUUUUUCAGGGGUUAAAACACUGGGAUAGUGUGGAUGAAUGGUGAAAACGGAGACUAAUGUCGGUAUUUUUAAGCAAAAACAUUGCAGCCAAUUGGCUUGGAUGAAUGAAUAUGAGUGUCCAGCAAUGGCCUGGUAAUUCAUCCAGAACUGAUUCAUUACUUGUCCCCUAGUGUAGUCAAAACAGGCUCUGUCUACAUGUGACUGAAUUGGAAGACACCAGCUCAAAAAAUGAAUUGAUGAAAGGUUUAAUAUACAAGGCAAACUGUUAUCAAGACAGUGAUUUAUUGAAUAAAGAGUAUAAGGAGUCUCCAUUCCUAAAAUACAAAUUCCAGCACCUUCUUCCAUCAGUUUUUUGAUCUUUGAGAACAUUCCUUUCUUCUCAGCACAACUCAUUGUUAUCAAUCAGCUAGUCCAAUAUCCCCAAGAGUACAAAUCAGACAAAAAAGACUUGUAUUAAAACCAGGCAGCAAUGAGGUUGAACUGAAAACCAACAGUUGCAGUGAUACUCCAGGCCUGUGUUUAGGGUUAAUGGCUUGGAGGUAAGGGUUUUGUAGCUCACUAUAAAUUAAAUAGUUGUCUAAGUCCUAAAAUAUUGUUGGAUAGGUUACUUGGGCCAAUGAAUAAAACAGAUAUUUCCAAAAAAUAAAGUCCAAUGAGGUUUAAUAUUUGAAUUACGAUCUGUAAUUGCCUUACAUUGUGUUUUAAGUGUGCCUCCUCCUUUUUUGUUACAUGUUGUGUACCUUUUGUAUGAAAAUGUAAUGCUGUAUAUCAUAUCUUCAUAACGUGGCCGCAGGUUUACAAGGCUCUAUAAACAUGUGUCUACUAGGUUAAAGGCAACAGUAUGUCACAAGUCUUUUUGUUUGUGGUUACGCACUCAUUGUCACCUUUGGCAAUGUCUGCAAAGAAGAGGGGGGUGUUUCAAGACUCAUCUGGUGAAUGCAAAUGUGUAAUGAUAGGAUUUUUAAAUUAUUACAUUUUGUGGUGUAUGACAGGAACUGUGAGUAAAAUAAUAUGAAGCUGUUAAGUGCAGUAUCUGGAAACCGUGACAAACGGGAAGUGUUAGCUGUACUGUUGAGAUGAUCUCGAGUCAUAAAUUAAAGAUUAUUGUGAAUGA